CCGCACCUCGGGCUCGCCGGGCCGCAGGCCGCUGCUCCGGGCGCUGGAGAUGAAGAGAGCUUCGUGCGCUCUGUCCCUGUGGCUCUGGGUGGGGAUCGUGUCGGAGGCAGAUCUGGCAAGUGGCUAUUCUAUGACACCCCCUAUCCUCAGCAUCACUGAGGAGGAGCACGUGAUUGACUCCAAGGAUACGCUGACCAUCACCUGCAGGGGACAACACCCCCUCCAGUGGUCGUGGCCCGGGGGCCAGGAGAACCCAGCCUGGGGAGAGAAAGAGAGCCAGUCCAAGGCGCCGGUGGAAGUCGGAGGCGAGCAGAUGGUGAGAGAGGAGGACUGCGAGGGCACGGACUCCCGGCCGUACUGCAAGACCCUGGUCCUCACCGGGACCCAGGCCAAUGACACCGGCUCCUACAGCUGCUAUUACAAGUAUAUCAAAGCCAGGAUUGAAGGCACCACUGCCGCCAGCACCUACGUGUUUGUAAGAGAUUUUGAACAGCCUUUCAUCAACAAACCCGACACCCUGCUCAUUAACAAGAAGGCCAACACCUGGGUGCCCUGCUUGGUGUCCAUCCCAGACCUCAACAUCACUCUGCAUUCGCAAAGUUCAGAUAUCUAUCCUGACGGGAGAACUAUCCUGUGGGACAACAAGAAGGGGAUGCUGGUACCCACAGCCCUCAUCAGAGAUGCCCUGUUCAUACAAUGCCAGACGUUCCUCCAGGGCAGUAUCUUCAAAUCCAACUUCUUCCUGGUUCACGUCACUGGUAACGAGCUCUAUGACAUCCAGCUGUUUCCCAAGAAGGCCCUGGAGCUCCUGGUUGGGGAGAAGCUGGUCCUUAACUGUACCGUGUGGGCUGAGUUUAACUCUGGAGUCAACUUCCAGUGGGACUAUCCUGGGAAGCAGAAGGAGCGGGCGGUAGCCGAGCUGCCAGAGCGGCGCUCCCAGCAGACGCACACCGAGCUGUCCAGCAUCCUGAUCAUCCAGAACGUGAGCCAGCAGGACCUGGGGAAGUACGUGUGCACGGCCAGCAACGGUGUUCAGCACUUCCAGGAGAGCACCGAGGUCAUCGUGCACGAGAAGCCCUUUAUCAACGUGGAGUGGAGGAAAGGCCCCUUGAUCGAGGCCACUGCAGGAGACGAGGUGGUGAAGCUGCCGGUGAAAGUUGUGGCAUACCCUCCGCCAGAGUUUCAGUGGUACAAGGAUGGAAAGCCGGUCACGAGCCGGCAGUCGCAGCAUUUGAUGCAGAUCAAGGAUGUAUCGGAGCAGAGCGCGGGCACGUACACCCUGCAGCUGUGGAACGAACAAGCCGGCCUGAGGCAGAACAUCAGCCUGGAACUGGUAGUCAAUGUUCCCCCUCACAUCCAUGAGAAGGAGGCCUCCUCCCCGAGCAUCUACUCCCGCCACAGCCGCCAAGCCCUGACCUGCACCGUCUAUGGCGUGCCGCCGCCCGAGGGCAUCCAGUGGCAGUGGAGGCCGUGGACGCCCUGCAAAACGUUCUCCCGACGCAGCCUCAGCCGACGCCAGGCAGCACGGAGGUUCCAGAGGGACCGGAUGCCCGAGUGCAUGGACUGGAAGGACGUGUCCACCCAGGAUGCCGUGAACCCCAUCGAGAGCAUCGAAACCUGGACGGAGUCUGUGGAAGGAAGGAAUAAGACGGUCAGCAAGCUGGUCAUCCAGGAAGCCAAUAUCUCUGUCAUGUACAAGUGCGUCACCUUCAACAAGGUGGGGCGGGACGAGCGGCUUAUCUACUUCUAUGUGACCACCAUCCCCGAUGGCUUCAAAAUCGAGUCGCAGCCUUCGGAGGAGCCCAUCGAAGGCCAAGACCUCAGCUUGAGCUGCAAUGCGGUCAACUACACCUAUGAAAACCUCCAGUGGUACCGACUCAACCUGUCCACCCUGCACGACGCCGAGGGCAACCCCCUGGUGCUGGACUGCAAGAACGUCCACCUGUAUGCCACCCGGCUGCAGGGGGAGCUGAGCUUCGAGCCUAGCACCAACAAUGCCGCCCUGACCCUCUCCAUCCCCAACAUCUCCCUGGGGGAGGAGGGCGAUUACGUGUGCGAGGUGCAAAACCGCAAGACCCGGGAGAAGCACUGCCACAAAAAAUACAUCUCCGUGCAGGCCCUGGAGGUUCCCCGACUGAAGCAGAACCUGACCGACAUCCUAGUGAACGUCAGCGACUCCAUAGAGAUGAGGUGUAAGGUGGACGGCGCCCACAUCCCCGACAUCAACUGGUACAAGGACGAGAAGCUGGUGGAAGAGGUUUCAGGAAUCGACCUCGCAGACUCAAACCAGAGACUGAGCAUCCAGAGGGUAAGGGAAGAAGAUGCUGGGAGAUACUUAUGCAGCGUCUGUAACGUCAAGGGUUGCGUCAACUCCUCUGCUAGCGUGUCUGUGGAAGGGUCUGACGACAGGACCAACGUGGAGAUCGUCAUCCUCAUAGGAACGGGGGUCAUUGCCAUCUUCUUCUGGAUUCUCCUCAUCCUCAUCUUCUGUAACAUUAAGCGGCCUGCUCAUGCUGACAUCAAGACCGGCUACCUGUCGAUCAUCAUGGACCCCGGAGAGGUCCCCCUCGAGGACCAGUGUGAAUACCUGCCCUACGACUCCAGCAAGUGGGAGUUCCCCCGGGAGAGGCUCCGUCUAGGAAAAAUCCUGGGCCACGGAGCCUUCGGGAAGGUGGUGGAAGCCUCGGCCUUUGGCAUCAACAAGAGCAACAGCUGUGAGACGGUGGCGGUUAAAAUGCUGAAAGAGGGAGCUACCGCCAGUGAACACAAGGCGCUGAUGUCGGAGCUAAAGAUCCUCAUCCACAUUGGAAACCACCUGAAUGUCGUCAACCUGCUGGGCGCUUGCACCAAGCCCAACGGACCUCUCAUGGUCAUCGUGGAGUUCUGUAAAUACGGGAAUCUUUCCAACUACUUGCGGACCAAGCGCGAAGGAUUCAGCCCGUUCAGGGAGAAGCCCCCAAGGCUGAGGAGCCAAGUCCGCUCCAUGGUGGAAGCGGUGAAGGCAGACCGGAGGAGCCGAGCCGGGACCAGUGACAGCGCCAUCUUCGUCAGGCUGCUGAUGGGCAGGAGCCAGCCCGCCCGGGCCCAACCUGUCCAGGAAGUGGAUGAUCUGUGGCAAAGCCCACUGACCAUGGAAGACCUGAUCUGCUACAGCUUCCAGGUGGCCAGAGGAAUGGAGUUCCUGGCUUCCAGAAAGUGCAUCCACCGAGACCUGGCGGCACGCAACAUCUUGCUGUCGGAGAACAACGUGGUGAAAAUCUGUGACUUUGGGUUGGCCCGGGACAUCUACAAGGAUCCUGACUAUGUCAGAAAGGGCAGUGCCCGCCUCCCUUUGAAGUGGAUGGCUCCAGAAAGCAUCUUUGAUAAAGUCUACACCACCCAGAGUGAUGUCUGGUCCUUUGGAGUUCUGCUCUGGGAGAUCUUUUCUCUAGGUGCAUCACCAUACCCUGGAGUGCAGAUAAAUGAGGAUUUCUGCCAGAGACUGAAGGAUGGUACCAGAAUGAGAGCUCCAGAAUAUGCCACAGCCGAAAUAUACCGCAUUAUGCUGAGCUGCUGGUACGGAGAUCCUAAAGAGAGACCUACGUUCUCGGAUUUGGUGGAGAUCCUAGGAGACCUAUUGCAGGAAAAUGUUCAGCAGGAGGGGAAGGACUACAUCCCCCUCAAUGACUCCCAGAGUUCCGAGGACGACGGCUUUUCCCAGGUGCCCUCCUCUGCCCACCAGAACUCCGACGAAGAGGAAUUUGACAUGAGACUCCGCUGCCAUAGUCUAGCAGCAAGAUACUAUAAUUGUGUGUCGUUUCCUGGUUGUUUGACCGGAGGGAAUCAGAUAAGGUGUCCAUCCAGAAUAAAAACCUUUGAGGAGUUUCCCAUGACACACACGAUGUAUAAGACACACCCGGACAACCAGACAGACAGUGGGAUGGUCCUGGCAUCUGAGGAAUUCGAGAGGAUAGAAAACAGACACAGAAAAGAAGGUGGAUUCAGCAGUAAAAAGUCCAGCAGAAACGUGGAUUCGAACAGGGAACGAUCAGACCUGAGAGGUAGAUGUCGGCCGUCAUACCAGUCCCAGCUUGGAGGUCAGACGUUUUAUAACAGCGAAUAUGGGGAGCUCUCGGAACACUCUGAGGAUGGCAGCUAUACCCCACCAGGAGAGCUGGCCAGUCCUCCCGCCAUCCACGCUUCCUUCUUCUCAGAUCAAUAUUGAAGAGAUCAGACCGCAGAGACACCGAGGUGGGAGAACAGCCUCUGACCCUAAGUGCCACACCAUGAUUGCAAAACAGGAGCUUCCCCCUUGGCCAAAAGUACAGGAUUAUGGAGGGGAGAGACACUCCCCUCUGCCCACCGAACAGCUGAAAGACGAGAGAGAGAACGCCUUGGAAAUACUUAUCGGGAGAAGACCAGAAACACGAUGAAACUGGAUUCACCUAUAUCGUUUCAUUAGAUUUCUUCCUCAUGGGCUAGUAGGAAGUUUUGCCCCUUGCAUUUUUUUCUUUUUGGUUCUCUUCAUGGCAUACUCAGCUGAGAAGAAUGAGAAAACAAACACUAAGUUUUUCACGAUGGCAACAAAAGCAAUGAGGUCGUGCUGUAAUAUGCACUCAGAUACCCAUGUCCCCUGGAUGACCCCUGGAUAUAUUUGUCUUGGACUUGCAGUCUUAUUUUCUGUAGGUUUCUGUCUUCAGAUAUCUCCAUUCCCUCUCCUUAAUAUCCCUUUGUGGAGGAUCCAGGCACACUUACCAACAGAAAACACUGCUAAAACCGAGCCUUAAUUGUCAAAUAUGUUUGCAUCCAUUGACCACCUUUGAGUCUCAAACUAAGAAUUUUUAUAAUUUUGUUAUGGCUGGUGGGGUGGGGGAGAGGAAUUGCAUCCUUUCCAAAGUCGCUGUUUCCAAGGUUUGUGAUACCAGUGAGGGGGGCUUUUAACUGGAUGUUUGAAAAGAACAGAUUGAAUCAAAGGAGAAAGUUUUUUUAUUACUAUUUUUAAAUUUCGGGGGUGGGUCAUCAGUAAAGAUGAGCCAAAAAGAAUCCUAAGUAUUUACAGUAACAUUAAGUUCUUUCCCUGUAAACAAGUUUGAAUCCAAGUAAGAGUUGUAACUUGGGAAAGUAAAUAUCUGAUACCAGUAGCAGAGGCACCAGGAAAAGCUCCAAAGAGGAGCUCCAUCUCAUUUACCCACGUCUGCGUUUUUCGUGAAGGAUUAUUUAGGCUAAGGCCCUCGGUCAACCCAGUAAGAUUGCCUGGUGUUAUGAAGGAUGUCCAGAAAAGUGACGUUUACAGGCUCCCAAGUGAAGAGCUCAUGAAACUGAUGAGUCCAGCAAAAUCACGGGAAAUUCCGUGAGGCCCAUCUGGACACAUUAGUGUUUGACGUCCCUUCGAGAGUCCAUCCGUCUUUCUCCUUGGUUGGAGAAAGCAACCGCUGAUCAUCUUUAGAGCAGCCUUGUAAGAGACUCUUUGGAGGGGGCCCUGUGCCCCCAAUUCCCCAAGAUGUGUUUCCUGUGACUUGUUAUACUUCACAUUAUCCUUUUCCAUCUUUAAUCUCCGACCACUCCUUGUUGGCAGAAGCUCCCCUCACCGUUGGUGUCUCCACAUCCGAGUUAAGUGCUUGCAGGACAGGCUUCGGUGUAUAGAACUAAGGGUAUUGUUUUGGUAUUUUGUUGUAUCAGACAUUAUUUUCUCCAGAUUAUAUUUUUACUCUGUAAUAGGCUGAAUGCAUUUAUGAAUCUGUAAUCCUCAUUGUCCAAACCUUUUCAACGUUGAUUCGUCCUAAGCGGGGCUCCUCAAUGUGUCAUCUGCUUCAUUAUAUUUGAAUUUGAAAGGAGUUCAACUAUCUCCUCCUCAAAAGAGAGCUAUUUAUGGUUUAUGUGAAGUGCAGCACUAUCACGUAGAAAUAACUUUUCUCCACAAAAAUAUCAGUGGUGGUAUGUGCUUUUCAAGAAGUUGGACAAAUUCUCUAGACCUUAUGCAUCAUCUGUUCCUACCCUUUUUGUGUCACCUCUACUUCCUGUCUCAUAACUGCACACAAAAUUUUACUGGAACAUACUUUUUGUAAACAGUAAUGAUACUUUUCAAAAGUCCUAAAAUAUUUAACAAAUAGUAAUAAUAAAUUUGAAACCAGAAUCUUAGUUACAAAAA